AUGUCCCGCAAGGCGAGCGAGAAUGUGGAGUACACGCUGCGGAGCCUGAGCAGCCUCAUGGGCGAGCGGCGCAGGAAGCAGCAGGAGCCGGACGCGGCGAGCGCGGCCGGGGAGCGCAGUCUCCUGGCGGCCGCCGAGUCGAGCGCCAGCCUGCAGAGCGCGGGUGCGGGCGGCGGCGGCGUCGGGGACCUGGAGCGCGCGGCGCGGCGGCAGUUCCAGCAGGACGAGACCCCCGCCUUCGUGUACGUGGUGGCCGUCUUCUCCGCGCUGGGCGGCUUCCUGUUCGGCUAUGACACCGGCGUGGUGUCGGGGGCCAUGCUGCUGCUCAAGCGGCAGCUCAGCCUGGACGCGCUGUGGCAGGAGCUGCUCGUGUCCAGCACGGUGGGGGCGGCCGCCGUCUCGGCGCUGGCCGGCGGGGCCCUCAACGGCGUCUUCGGCCGCCGCGCCGCCAUCCUGCUGGCCAGUGCCCUCUUCACAGCCGGUUCCGCGGUGCUGGCCGCGGCCAACAACAAGGAGACACUGCUCGCCGGCCGCCUGGUCGUAGGGCUUGGCAUCGGCAUUGCUUCCAUGACAGUGCCCGUGUACAUUGCUGAGGUCUCCCCGCCCAACUUAAGAGGUCGAUUAGUCACCAUCAAUACCCUCUUCAUCACCGGAGGCCAGUUCUUUGCGAGUGUUGUGGAUGGAGCCUUCAGUUAUCUCCAAAAGGAUGGAUGGAGGUACAUGUUGGGACUUGCAGCAAUUCCAGCAGUUAUACAGUUUUUUGGCUUUCUCUUUUUACCUGAAAGCCCUCGAUGGCUGAUUCAGAAAGGACAGACUCAGAAGGCCCGUAGAAUUUUAUCUCAGAUGCGUGGUAACCAGACCAUUGAUGAGGAAUAUGAUAGCAUCAAAAACAACAUUGAAGAAGAGGAAAAGGAGGUUGGCUCAGCUGGACCUGUGAUCUGCAGAAUGCUGAAUUAUCCCCCAACUCGCCGAGCUUUAAUUGUGGGUUGUGGUCUACAAAUGUUCCAACAGCUCUCAGGCAUUAACACCAUCAUGUACUACAGUGCAACCAUUCUGCAGAUGUCUGGUGUUGAAGAUGAUAGGCUUGCAAUAUGGCUGGCUUCAGUGACAGCCUUCACAAAUUUCAUCUUCACGCUCGUGGGAGUCUGGCUUGUCGAGAAAGUGGGCCGCAGGAAGCUUACCUUCGGGAGCUUAGCAG